AUGCUACGUAGAAGUGCGCUAAAUCGAGCGUUUGUUAGAUUUUACUCCUUGGAUAAGGGCAAGGGAAGCAAGAUUAUAGGACGUGAGGUGACUCAGUAUGGAAUUACAGUUAAGUUUCAACAGCAGGGACAAGUCAAGGAACAGUACUUGGACCAUUUAUUACUAAGGGACGCUAGUCAAAGUCCCAAAUCGGUAGAUCCGAUUUCUAGCCAGAAGCUUUUCACCACAGGAUCUUUAUUGAUUGAUCGUGGUCGGCCCUUGGAACCAAUCCAGCCAGGAAUUGCUGAUAUAGUAGACGAAGGUCAAGGUUUAUAUGUUCAUUGGAACGAUGGUGAUCAAUUUACUUACACGAGUGAGUAUUUGCAGUCAUUGGUUGGAGAAAGUGUGUCCAUUAAGAAGUAUGAUCCUAAAGUUUGGAACCAAGAAAUUGUGAGCAAACCGGAUUUUUUAUCCGCACUAAGCAUCGAUUACCAUUCAUACAUGGAUCCACACGAUGAAUCCAGUCUUUUUGAAACGAUCAAGAAGCUCGACCAAUAUGGUAUAGGGCUAGUGACCGAUAUCCCAGACGAGGCAGCUACCAAUUACAGCGAAUGGUUUGUUCAGAUGAUCUGCGAACGAAUCGGACACGUAAGAACCACUUUUUAUGGGGAGCUUUUCGAUGUGAAAAACCAAGCUUCACAGGCUAACAACAUCGCUUAUACUGCGAAACCUCUGCCUUUACAUAUGGAUUUGCUAUAUUUGGAGAAUAUUCCAGGUUGGCAAUUGUUGCAUUGUAUCAAGAAUAGCGAAGGUUUGGAAGAGAACGGACAGAACUACUUCGUUGACUCAUUGGGAGCGUUGAACUACAUUAAAAAUAAGGAUCCCAGUGUAUUAAAGGCAUUGGAAACGAUUCCUAUCACUUAUCAUUAUAGAAGAGAUGAUAAAAGGUACUACCAGCAAAGACCUUUAGUAGAGCACAAGAAGUAUGAAACAGUGGUCAAUUAUUCACCACCAUUCCAAGGACCAUUCAAUCUCAAAGAUAUCACUGAUAUUCCACUCUUGAACCAGUUCAAGAAAGGUUUAUACAUGUUCGAAGAGUACAUUAACGAUCCGAAGAACCAAUUCCAGAUCAAAUUACCGGAGAAUUCCUGUGUCAUCUUCCACAACAGAAGAAUUUUGCAUGCUAGGAGACAAUUUGACGGUGAGAGAUGGUUAAAGGGUUGCUAUUUGGAUGCUGAUACGUUCUCAUCGAAAUUGUCGUAUCUAUAUGAAAAGUUUAAUUAG